UUUGUUUGGCGAGGAUCAGUCCAUUGGUCUGGAUGGUGCCCAGAGCCACUCGGCCAAUGCUGUUGUAUCUAUGUUGCACCACUUCUUCGAAUACCAUGGGGAAGGAGAAAAAACUGUGUACUUGAAUGCAGACAAUUGUGGUGGCCAAAAUAAGAAUCAGGUUGUCACAAGCUAUCUGGCUUGGAGAGUGGCAAAUGGAUAUCAUGAUGACAUCCAUCUACAUUUCAUGAAGCCAUAUCAUGCCCGUUGUCUUGUGGAUGGGAUGUUUGGUAUUGCCCGAAGGAAAAUCAGACGCAAUGAUGUGGAUAGUUUGUCUGACCUGAAGAUGACAAUUCAUGCUUCAUCCACACAUAACCAGGCAGAUUUAUACAGUGAGAUGUCACCAAAUUCGUGGAUCUGGAGAGACUGGAAACAAUUCUUCAAGCCUGUAUUUAGAGCGGUUCCUGGUAUUGGGAAAUAUCAUCACUUUCCCUUUGCUUCCACCACUUCAGGAAUGGUUACUGUUAAAAAAAGUGUUGACGGGGAGACAACACCAGUGAGGCUUGUGAAGAGGGGACAGAUUAUUCCACAGGGUUUGCCAGUGAGACUGGAGGCAAAGGGUUUUUCCGCAGAACAUGCAUGGUACCUGUACAAAAAUAUCAGGCCUUUUGUAAAGGAUCCGUCUAAGGACCUUCUAUGUCCACUGCCCACGGUCCCAGAGCCCACCUCUAGACCCACCCACACAGAAGAGUGA